AUGAGCGAUGAUACAUAUUCUGUAACAUACGUGGAUGAUCAUCCAGAGGAAGCCAAAUACUUGUGUCGUGAGGGUCAAGUGAAAAUAACAUACGCAAAUGGAGACACCUAUGAAGGAAAUAUUGGUCCGAACCGUUUGAAACAUGGUGAAGGAAAAUACACCUGGAAUGAACGCGAUGCAGAAGGCAUAUUGUCCGUCCUUGCGACUUUCGAAGGAACAUACGUCAGCGGCAGCAAGAAUGGACUUGGAAAGAUGACGUUUUCCAAUGGUGAUGUCUAUCAUGGAGAAUGGACGGCAGACAAAAUGACAGGUGAGGGCUCCUAUAUGUACGCAAAUGGCGAUAUUUACAGCGGUAGGUUCGAGAGCGGCAUCCGCUCCGGCAACGGUUCGUACGAGUUUGUGACAGACAAGAGUUUAUUUGCGGGUGAAUGGAUCGACGACACAAUCGCAAACGGAAAAUGGAUUUUUAAAGAUGGCGGCUCGUAUAUUGGUCGUUUUGAGAAUGGAAUGCCAAUCGGAAAUUGCACAAUCAAGCUUUCAAGCGGUCUUCAGCAAGAUGGUGAGUAUAUCAAGACGCAGGCAACGAAUAACGCUGGAGAAGAAGGAACGGUGCACAAAUUCGUGGGUGGAACGAUUGUCAAAGUAGGCUAA